AUGAAUCGCACCAAUUCAGACUUGGAUACGUGCGCGUACUACGGCCUCGAACCGGGGGAAACCUGUUUCACUCACCGCAGUUGCUACGACUGCCUCAAUGUACCAGUCGCCGCUGAUCCACAAGGCUGUGUGUUGUCCCAGUUCGGCUACUGUAUGUCCAUGGUUUUCUACGACUACAAACUGGACUACCGAACGACCAGUGGCCCCAAUGCGGACAGUGGCAGCCCCCACAACUUCACUGGAGGACUUUAUCAUCAGUAUCCUGCAGUGAGCACAACCUACUGUGAAGCCACGGAUCCCGCCUGUCUCGAGUGCAACGCCAUUGCACUGAAUUACGCCAGGCAGGACAACUUUCUGGCCAGAUCGACCAAGUUUUGCCUUGGCCAGUCUGGCUGCGUCUGCGUGUUGAGCUGUGAGCCGACGGUGUGGAGAUUGCGAACUGUGUCGCUCUGUGAUGACUCUGAUCCGUCUACUAUUGCUGACUCGAACUCGGAUUCGAGCACGUCCUGGACCGCGUACACGACGAGUCCAUCAAUUAUUGUCAACCGAACGAGUAAUAAUUUGUCGAAUUUGUACUGGGUGUUGGCUGUGCCUGUGUUCAUCGUGCUGCUCGUAGGUUGUGCUUUGUGCUUGUAG